GUCCGCCCUGACGGGCCCCCGUCUCUCUCGCGUCGCCAUGUUGGUGAGGGCGGGCGCGGCGGUGCUCGGUCUACCCCGCCGGCCCCCCCUGUGGCUAGGUGGGGGCGGAGGGAUGAGGCGGCUGGGCGGGGGCGCCCCUCCCCCACCCGCGGCUGUUCGGUGCUUCCCGCUCAGCCGCGCGCUCCUGCGCGUGCAGGGACCCGAGGCGGACACGUUCUUGCAGGGGCUGCUCACUAAUGACGUGGCGCGACUGAUGUGGGGCGGAGCGGACCAGCCCCCGGAGGGCGGGGCACCUUCGCCACAGACCUGGCCCCCUCCACGCGCUCAGUACACGCAUGCGCUCAACGUGCAGGGCCGGUGCCUCUAUGAUCUCAUCCUCUACAGGCUUCAUGAAAGUCAAGAAGAGGAACCAAAUAUCCUGCUGGAGUGUGACUACUCAGUGCUGGAUUCUGUUCAAAAGCAUUUGAAAUUGUACAAGAUCCGGAGGAAAGUAAACAUAGCCCCCUGCCUUGAUCUCUCUUUGUGGGCAGUCAUCCCAGAGGAACAGUCUGGAGAUGUUUCCAGUACCCUUGAUAAAUGUGCAGACAAAACUUUGGUUUUAACUCCUGAUCCCAGAGUAGAAGUCAUGGGUUGGAGAUUGAUUACAAACAAAGAGGAAAAUCCACUAGAAAUUGUCCCUGGAAGUCAUAUAGGAAAUAUUAGCGAUUAUCAUAGGCACAGGUACAAACAAGGAAUAGCUGAAGGCGUAAAAGACAUCCCCCCAGGAGUAGCCUUACCACUGGAAUCCAACCUGGCCUACAUGAAUGGAAUCAGUUUUACCAAAGGCUGUUAUAUCGGACAGGAGUUAACAGCUAGGACCCACCACACGGGUGUCAUCCGUAAACGCCUAUUGCCAGUGCAGCUUUCAGCUCCUUUGCCAUUGGGAAGCAUUCCCGAGGGUGCUGCGAUCUUAACUGAAUCGGGAAAGUCAGCUGGCAAGUACCGGGCUGGUGGAGAUGAACUUGGCAUAGCUUUGCUGCGAUUAGCUAACAUAAAUGAGCCACUUCAUAUCAAUUUACCAGGUGACACUAGUGUGAACCUUACUGCAGCUAUACCUAAGUGGUGGCCAAAAACUACCAACAAAUAAAUGAGGAAUCCUCUGCGGCACAUCUGCCUUACUUAACAAACUUUGUCUAAUAGGCUGGGAAGUUCAUUCAGUCUUUUACUCCCUUCCAUCAUAGUUUCCUUUUGUCUUUAUCUUUUAUUUGCAGCACUUGAGCAGGGUGUAUUACAGAAGGGUCCUUGGGAGCUGGGCCAAAAGGCAAAAGGAACCUGAUGCAUCAGCGAGUCACUGACAAAACAAGGGCUAAGUGGAGAAGCACAUAGGAGAGCAGAGAAAUAUUCAGCAAAGUCUGUAAAGUUCUCCUUGUGGAGUUCCUGCUGCUUGCUUCCCCUUAAGGAAGAGGUGUAUGGGGAGGGAGAUUAAGGAGAUUUGGCAUGUACUGGGCAACUAGGCUCCAUCCCUGAAGAUCCUUGACCCAGCCACACCAUUCUUGUGGCCCACGCUCUCCCUCUGCGACCUGUACCAUACUUCCCUCUCUCAAAGAGAGUGAAGACAGGCCAAUUAUUGCUGAUUGUAUCAGUCCCAUGGGAAUUUGCAAGGUAGAGAGCAGAUCUCUAUACUGAUUUCCACUAGCUGGUUAGCUUACCCAAAGCCAAGGUCCCACAGCUAUGCAGAGAUGGACUUCCGAGGGACCACAGAGGAGCUUGUCACAGAGACACUGCUCCCCAGCUGUGUGUCCGGGAGCUUUGCUGAGAGUUUUUGGUUUCCUCCCACGACACAGUGGAUGGUUACAUACAGCUUGAAGAGUCUCUUUGAGACAGAGGGAGGAGGCUUGGCAUGGGUGAGGACUAUUAAGCAGUCCAGUGGGGCCAUUAAGGAAUCCAGCCCCUACUCUAUGUGAGGGUGCCCUGUGUUUAUUUGGGUGGUGCUGGAUCUGGGCCCUGCUGAGUAUUUAAAUCUGCCCUCCAUUGGAUGGAUCAAAACUUAUUCUGAAUAUAGUGCUGCAUAUAUUGAAAUGCUGAAAGGGGAGGUGGGAAUAGGAAUUUUAUCACAGUAUGUGUCAAAUGUUUUUAUGUCAGGAUUAUUUCUGUGGUAUUGUAAAGCUUUUUAAAAGGAGUGUGCUGCCCAUUUCUUUCAAUAGCAUGUGUUUUUGCUACACUCUGGCUAAAAUGUUCACUGUGAACGUUCUUUGCGUCAGGCUCUCUGCACUGCUCCUAAAUUGCUGACUGAUGAGAACUUUUUUUGUCAUUACUGUUAACUCUCUCUGAAGGAAGAGGAAUGGAUUGUACUCUGCGUUUGAAAUAAGGAUUUUGCUUUUAAUACUUGACCACGUGGGCGAGCAGUGUAUGCAGAUGCUGUAAUAUCAGUAUGCACUCUACUGCUGCAAGGUCAGCAGAGGGAGCACAAUGCUCAGUAGUAUACCCAGAGCUGCCUUGCCAUGGUAAUAAAGGCCUGACCGAUGCACUGGUUUUGUGUCAGUUUAACUAUUUCAUGUCAGGGUAUGAUAUUUUACUGAAAUAGCUAUGCCGGUACAACCCCUAGUCUGCACACAAUUAUACUUGUAUAUAGUAUACAUCCUUUAUGGGAAUAAACUAUAUUGAUAUGAAUGACUUUACACCAGUAUAACUGAUUUAACUUUGUCGGCAAAUGUUGAGAUUUUGGCUGGCAGAAAUCACAAAUAAGUGUACGUGUAUGCUAGAAAUGCUACAGUGGCACAGCUACAGCGGUGCCACUGUAGUUGUAGGCACUUGCUACAGUGACAAAAGGGGUUGUUCUAUGGCUGUAGUAAGCCCACCUCUCUGAGAGGUGGUAGGUAUGUUUGACAGAAGAAUUCUUCCGGUGACCUACACUGGGGCCUAAAUUGGCUUAACUAUGUUGCACAGGGCAUAACAUUUUUCACAGUCCCAAGUGACGUAGUUGAGCUGACCUAACUUUGUAGUGUUGAUGAGGCCUGAGUGUAGACACAUGCAAAACUAUGCUGGCAAAAGGAAAAUUUUGCCAGUAAAACUUUCUAGUGUAGACCAGGCUUAAGUGUCUCCAUGCGAACAUUUUAAAUAUACUAGGAUAGUUAAUAGGUAAAAGAGUACAACUUUGUGUGUAGACAAGCCUAAAUAAAGGUACUAAGAACACAUAAAUAAAAUAUUAGGACCAUGUGCCUUGUGAUUCUUUAAAAAAAAAAAAAAAAAAAAGCCAAAAUCCAUCAGGAGGCAGCCAAACCCCCGGGCUAUAUGACUGUUCCCACAUAAUCUCUUCAAAGCCAAUGAAGGGACAUGUCCCCUCCCCAAGGUGAGAUUUCCACUCCUUCCCUACCAACAUGAAUCUCAGCCCCAUAGAGGGCUCUCUCUGGAGGAUGGGGGACGGUGCCAUAGAUAUGCAGGAGGGAGUAACCAUCCUGCCUUCUAUAAGAAAGUGCUGAGUGGAGCCUGUGCAGUGUCCUAUGGAUUUGAGGCCUGCUUGCUACCCACACUCCAUGUCCUGUUCUUCCCAGCUGUCUAACUCUAACUCUUUUGCCCUUAACUAGGCGGUUUCUCCGGGCCCUCACUUUCUUCACUGCUUCACUACUGCCCCCGUCCUCCAACAGCUUCAUGUGGCCCACAAAUACGGCCUUCUGUUUAGUCCCUGCUGCUGGCUCUUACUGGGAGUUUCUCUAGCCACCUGACUUCCUGGGUGCUCAAACUUGCAUCCAAGUAGGGUGACCAGACAGCAGAUGUGAAAAAUCAGGACGGGGGUGGUGGUAAUAGGAGCCUGAAAAAGACCCAAAAAUCAGGACAUCUGGUCACCCUACACCCAAGUAUUUGGGGCCCUUUUGGCUACUUUUCCCAUCUUUGCACCUCCCUUCCCCCCGCUGGCCUACUCUGCGCCUCCUCUUCCUCACCCCCCUCUAACCCUAAACUAAUUUAUAGACGCUGUGUGUUUUUUUUUUUUU